GCUUGCAGUCAUGUGGCGCUUCGGAAUACUUUUUUGCUUUUUAAUUUUAAAUUCCACAAAAGGACAACAAAAUAAGGCAAUAUGUACUCAACUGAUGAUGUGUGACAAAAUCGAUGAGGUCAAAUCGGAAGUGGCUUCUGUCCGAGAGGAGCAAGAAAACCAGAAAGGGAUUUCGGAAAAUCAAACUUGGAUUUUGGAAAAACAAACAUAUAUUCUGAGACAACAAACACAGAUCUUGCAGCUCCAGACCCAGAUCCUGGAGGGAUUAUCACAGUCUGGAAACCUAUCGUAUCCCUCAAGUUGUGCCGUUGUUUCCAGGGACACCAAGCUCCUGAUCCGCGUGCCUGAGUACAGUGAGGACCCCUUUGAGGUGGCCUGUGAUCAGCGGAAUCACGGUGGUGGCUGGACGAUCGUCCUGCGAAGGAACGAUGGAAGCGAGGACUUCUACCGAGGAUGGGAGGAUUACAAGCAAGGAUUUGGUCAACUGGGCAAUGAAUUCUUCCUGGGACUGGACAGAAUUCAUGCAAUGACUGCAUCAGAGCCACAGGAGUUGCUGGUCCUUCUGGAGGAUCAUGAGGGAGUGAAAGCUUAUGAGUUGUACGAUGACUUUAGAGUCGGAUCGGAGGGUAGCAAUUACACCCUGGAAUCGUUGGGUUUCGCCUCUGGGGAUGCUGGUGAUUCACUCAGAUAUCAACUUGGAAUGAUGUUCAGUACUAAGGAUCGGAAGAAUGACUUGAGAACCGAUGGACAAGAAUGCGCAAUAAUGAGUACAGGUGCCUGGUGGUACAAAAAUUGUCGUCAAAGCAACUUAUGUGGCAAAUAUGGAGAUAAUGAACUAGGAAAGGGAGUAGCCUGGCGAGAUUUCAGGACUCUGUCAUAUUCAUUGAAGCGUGCAGUAAUGAUGAUAAGACCAAAGACUUCGGCACUUAACUAAACUAAUUAAUUACCGUUUUAACUUUCAGCUCUUAAUUUUGUCAAUAUAAUAAAUUAUAUUUGAAUAACAAAA